GUGAAAAUCAGGUCAAGCAGCUUCAUUCAUAACUCCCUCUCUCUCUCUGUUUCCAUCUCUCAAUUAUUAUUAGUUCUUCUGUUGAUCCUUUCUAAACCUCUCAUUUCGAUCCAAAUCCAUCCUCCAUUUCCCCCCAAAACCAGCUUCACUUUUCUGUUUUGGCACCAGUUUCAGAGACCCAAUUGGCAAACGAGUCCUCCAUUGAAUCAUCCACCCGAAGCUGGUCAGGCAUGACGAAUCAAGCUGGGAACUUCAUUUGGGAGAUUAAAUUAGCUGGGAACAAGUUUUCGAAAUCUUUUCGAUCCAUCGCAAAGUCAACUUUUCACUAUGUGGAGAGCGGGAAGCGAACUGAUAAACAUUUGUUAUUUCUCACAGUUUCUGCUGAUCAGCACACUCAGCAGGAGCAGGCUGAAUUUCCAAGGUUGUACAAUCUAUAUCUGAAGUGUCGUCAAUGGCUGAGCAACGUAAAGGUAAUGUCAAACCUGCAAAUAGGAAGCCAUCAGCAACCGCCACAGCAACCACCAGUGCAUAUUCCAUUGAUCUCAAUAACUUCAGCAAGCGGUUAAAGAUGAUGUAUUCGCAUUGGAGGGAACAUCGUAGUGAUGUAUGGGGUGAAUCUGAUGCACUUGCAAUAGCAACUCCUCCAAAUUCUGAGGAUCUGCGGUAUCUGAAAUCCUCAGCAAUGAAUAUCUGGUUGCUCGGUUAUGAGUUCCCAGAAACUAUCAUGGUUUUCUCAAAGAAGCAGAUCCAUGUUUUGUGUAGCCAGAAAAAGGCUUCUCUCCUUGAUGUUGUGAUAAAGCCUGCAAAAGAGGCUGUUGGUGUUGAAGUUGUGAUGCAUGUGAAACUCAAAGGCCAGGAUGGAACUGGACUGAUGGAUAGCAUAUUUCGAGCUAUAAAUGCCCACUUGAGCUCCGAUGCUCCUGUGGUUGGACACAUAGCAAGAGAGGCUCCUGAAGGGAAACUUUUGGAGACUUGGAGUGAGAAGUUGAAGGAUGCUAAUUUUGAGUUGAGUGAUGUGACCAAUGGGUUCUCAGACUUGUUUGCCGUCAAAGACCUGGUUGAGCUUACAUAUGUGAAGAAAGCCGCGUACUUGACUUCAUCAGUGAUGAAGACAUUUGUGGUACCUAAGCUUGAGAAGGUCAUUGAUGAGGAAAAGAAAAUUUCCCAUUCUUCAUUGAUGGAUGACACGGAAAAGGUCAUAUUGGAGCCUGCAAGAAUUAAGGUGAAGCUGACAGCAGCAAAUGUUGAUAUUUGCUAUCCUCCAAUUUUUCAGAGUGGAGGAGAAUUUGAUCUGAAGCCAAGUGCUUCAAGCAAUGAUGAGAACCUUUGUUAUGACUCUACUAGUGUGAUUAUAUGUGCUGUUGGAUCAAGGUACAAAAGCUACUGCUCAAAUAUUGCUCGAACCUAUCUGAUUGAUGCAAAUUCUACGCAGAGCAAGGCAUAUGAGGUUCUGCUUGAAGCUCAAGAACCUGCAAUCGGUAAUUUAAAAUCUGGGAAGAAGUUAAGUGCUGCAUACCAAGCUGCACUCUCAGUAGUUGAAAGGGAGGCUCCAGAGCUGACUGGAAACUUGACCAAAACAGCUGGAACUGGAAUUGGCCUUGAAUUUCGUGAGUCAGGGCUUAAUCUUAAUGCUAAGAAUGAUCGAGUUUUGAGAUCAGGCAUGGUUUUCAACGUUUCUCUGGGUUUCCAGAAUGUGCAGGCACAGACAAAAGACCCUAAGACCCAGAUAUUUUCACUGUUAAUAGCAGAUACAGUUAUUGUUGGUAAAGAGACCCCAGAAGUAUUGACUAAUUCAAGCAAAGCUGUUAAGGAUGUGGCGUACUCAUUCAAUGAUGACGAUGAUGAAGAAGAAGAGCGUGCAAAACCUAUAUCCAGUAGUAAAGGUGCCGGGAGUGCCAUGAGUAAGGCCACGCUUAGAUCAGACAACCAUGAAAUGUCUAAAGAAGAGCUACGAAGGCAGCACCAAGCCGAACUUGCCCGCCAAAAGAAUGAAGAAACUGCUAGAAGGCUUGCUGGUGGGGGUUCUACAGCUAACGAUAAUCGUGGUGCUGGGAAGACGGUUGGUGAUCUGAUUGCAUAUAAGAAUGUCAAUGAUCUGCCUGCUCCAAAAGAGUUGAUGAUUCAGGUUGACCAGAGGAAUGAAGCUAUCCUCUUGCCGGUUUAUGGAAACAUGAUUCCUUUUCACAUAGCCACUGUGAAGAGUGUUUCCAGCCAGCAGGACACUAACCGGAAUUGCUACAUCCGUAUAAUCUUUAAUGUACCAGGUACCCCAUUUAGCCCUCAUGAUGCAAACACCCUGAAGUUUCAAGGGUCAACUUAUUUAAAGGAAGUUUCAUUCCGUUCCAAGGACCCAAGGCAUAUAAGUGAAGUAGUACAGCAAAUUAAAACUCUUCGCAGACAGGUUGCCUCAAGGGAGUCUGAAAGAGCUGAAAGGGCAACUUUAGUCACACAGGAGAAGCUGCAAAUUUCAGGAGCCAAAUUCAAGCCAAAAAGAUUGCCAGAUCUAUGGAUUCGUCCUGUUUUUGGGGGUCGUGGAAGAAAGCUCACUGGAUCACUGGAAGCCCACACAAAUGGGUUCCGGUAUUCUACUUCAAGGUCUGAAGAACGUGUCGAUGUUAUGUUUAGCAAUAUCAAACAUGCAUUUUUCCAGCCAGCUGAGAAGGAAAUGAUUACCCUGCUGCACUUUCAUCUGCACGAUCAUAUUAUGGUAGGAAACAAAAAGACCAAGGACGUGCAAUUUUAUGCGGAGGUGAUGGAUGUAGUGCAGACACUGGGAGGUGGAAGGAGGUCAAACUAUGAUCCUGAUGAGAUCGAGGAAGAGCAACGUGAAAGGGAACGAAAGAACAAAAUUAAUAUGGAGUUCCAGAACUUUGUGAACCGAGUAAAUGAUUCGUGGGGGCAACCUCCAUUCAAAUCACUUGAUCUUGAGUUUGAUCAGCCCCUUAGGGAGCUUGGCUUCCAUGGAGUACCUCAUAAAGCCUCGGCUUACAUUGUCCCAACUUCAAGCUGUCUGGUUGAGCUGAUAGAGACACCGUUUGUGGUAAUUACCCUGAGCGAGAUUGAAAUAGUAAACCUUGAGAGAGUUGGUUUAGGGCAAAAGAACUUUGAUUUGACUGUUGUUUUCAAGGACUUCAAGCGAGAUGUCUUCCGAAUUGAUUCCAUUCCCUCGACAUCACUGGAUGGCAUUAAGGAGUGGUUAGACACAACUGAUCUCAAGUAUUAUGAGAGUAGGUUGAAUCUCAACUGGCGUCCUAUUCUCAAAACCAUUACUGACGACCCUGAGAAGUUCAUAGAGGAUGGUGGAUGGGAAUUUUUGAACAUGGAUAUUAGUGAUUCGGAUUCCGACAAUUCUCAGGAGUCUGACCGUGGGUAUGUGCCUUCAGAUGUGCAGUCGGAUUCAGGUUCAGAUGAGGAGGAUCAUGACAGCGAGUCAUUAGUGGAGUCGGAAGAUGAUGAGGAAGAAGAGUCCGGAGAAGACUCAGAAGAGGCCGAAGGAAAGACAUGGGAAGAGUUGGAGAGGGAAGCAAGCCACGCAGACAGGGAAAAAGGGAAUGCGUCUGACAGUGAAGAGGAGAGGGCCAGAAGGAAGGUUAAGGCUUUUGGAAAGGCUCGAGUACCCGACAAGAGGAACCUUGGUGGCAGCCUUCCCAAGAGGCCAAAAUUUAGGUGACAUCAGUGUCGGAUGCACUGAGGGGCGGGGGGACCCCCGAACUUCAGUGGACGUUCAUGAUACUUUAGAUGUUUGAGCCUUCGAAUUUCAGUAAAUGUCUAUGGAUACCUUGGGUGCUGCCCUUUUGAAGAUUAGAGUUGGCUUCAUACAUACCCUCCAAUUGCCUUCAGGCCUACCAAGACUCGGUGAAUGUCCAUUGAUACCUUGGGUGCUACCCCUUGCAUACAUUAACAAGUGUGCAAUAUGCAUUUCCAAAUGACUUUAGGCCUAUCAAGACCCGAUGAAAUAGCAAUAUGCAUGCUAUUUCUGGUAUAAAAAAAUUGCGCGUUGUGCGCGCUUUUCUUACUGGCCCUCGUAAUAUUAUUUCUUGGAUCCGUCAAUGGGUGACAUUGUUUUUGUCUUCAGUUUUUUAAGUUUUGCAGCAGCUUAAGCAGCAGCAUUAGAUUUGAGUUGUGUGUUUUAUUUUGAAGAUGUUAAGAAAGAGUAAAGAGUUACCAAAAGGGUAAAAGUUAAAAGUGACUUUUUUGUUGUAUCUUCGUUCUUUCUGUGUUAAAACAAACUUUUUUCUUGUGA